UCUCUCCUUCGAUCCGUCCUGGAUCACACAAUCUUACCCCCAAAUGUCCCUGGGAAAAGAGAAAAAGAAGAGAGGUAUGGGGAGAUAUCUGACAAUCUUCUCACCAGACUGCUGCGAGCUUGCAAACAGGCGGAAAGCCUAUCAAGUCAGCCGUUCUCUGACGCUAUCCACUCUUUGAGCGUAUCACUUGAAGCAUGCCGCGAGUUGAAUCGAGGAAGACUCGACAAAGAAACUAUGCUGCGAUACUUUGCGCAAAUUAAGCCACAGGAUGUUCUGAUCCUUCAUGUGACUGAACAAAACGCCGCCAUCCUCGUCAGGCAUGAGAUCGAUGAGAACGGAGAAAACUCAAUCGUUUUGGAAUCUUUCGAAACGUCCCCAACAACGGAACACGUUCUUGCCGCCGACAAUGCCCUUUCUUGGGAUUUCCCCGGACGCUCUGUUCGUUUGACUCUUGCACAGUUCAAUGAUGAGAAGCUUCAGGAGUCACUCGCGGCGUUUCUUGAGAAAGCCAGCAUGGAGUCAAUCCAUAGUCUCCAAGCUCAAGCUCGAAAAGCGGGAAAGGUUGUCUCAGAGCUUCGCGACACAUCCGAUCCCGCAUUGAUAACGCAGAUGCUUAUGGCUAUCCUGGAGGCUAUCGGAGAAUUUGCAACUGUUCCAACUCUCAGAAAGAGAGUUAGAGAUGACGUCAAUCUUUUGGAGGCUGCAUCAUUACCAUGGAGAAGACUUCCUUUCUGGCUCGUCUUGCGGGUUGCAACCCAAAGACAGCUUGAAUUUUCGCUUGGUCAAAGUGGACGAGCUUGUUACAAGUUGUUAAUGAGCAUUUUCUUUGCCAAUUUACUCCGUGACGCUACAAACAUACUUGCUAUCAAGGAAGGCAAGGUCGAACAUACUUUUUCCAUGAAUGAAGUAAAAAAGCUUGAACCUGAGCUGAAAACUCUCCUGCAAACGCACAAAGAGGCUUUUGAGGGAUUCUUCAACAACGUCACGCCGACAGUUGAAGGCUCAAUUACAUUUGCAAAUAGCUCUGUCGAAACUCUCUGGGAUGAUGUGAAGAAAGAAACUGAACGAGUCAUCAAACAGCUUCCCUUACGAGCGCCCGAAAAAUCUUUCCAGCUGUCACUUCAGAAUAGCAGCGACCAUCUCAACAAGCUAUUGGCUGCCAAGAAAGCUCCUCAGACCUCGAGUAAUGUGUCAUUGGAUCUCCCUAGUCGUUUGACCGAAGAAAUUGGAGAAACUCAUAAUUUUUUCAGUCGUAUAUAUGUACUCAGCCAGCUGGAGCAGAAGAUUGAGCUCGAUAGCCGGCGUACCUCGAGCUCCAUCGAAGGUAGUGAAAGUCACUGCCGGACACUUGCUGAUCAAAUCCACAAGGCCUUUCAGGUGAUCGGAAAAGUCUAUGAUGGCGACCCAAUCCUUCAGAGUGCCAAGGUGCUCGCGAUAUUUGAGCUCUGGAUGCGGAUGGAUAAAUCUGCCCUUAUUAACUGUCCUCUGUUGAGCAACUAUCGCCCUGUCUUCAGGCCCGCACUCCUCGAUGCCCUUCAACUGCCCUCCCUGACUGAUAUGAAGCGCCUCUUAGCAAUUCAGGAUUACCUUGAUAAUCGGCAUGCAAAAGCUCAACAUGGUCACAUUUUUGAAGAUUCGGGCGCGGUCAGCUUCGCCAAACAAUAUGUGAAGCAAUCAGAGCAGAUGAAGGGAGACAUGGCAACCAUCGAACGUGCAGCGCAGGCGAACCGUGACGCUAAGAUUGAUAAAUGGAGGGAGGUCACAGCUGAGUAUGAAGAACUUACUCAAAACAUCAAUACGACGAGUUGUCGUUGCACGUUUGAACAUGGCGUUCGGGUUAUUCAUGGCUGCGUGAGGUGUUGGCACUGGAGGUGUCGUAAUCGGCUCCAGGUGCAACAUCACGAAGAUUUUCUUCCAGAACACGAGAAUACAAAGUGCCAAAUUGUUUUCGAAUUGGUAGUUCCCAAAUACUUGGCUGCAUACCGCAAUGCAACAUGGAGGAUUCUGAGAGACUUGGCGCACCCUGACCGCUUACAGUCGAAGCCACCCUUUACUUCGUUAUCAUCAUGUCCUCUACUGUCGAACUUUAUGACCGCAGAUCACACGGGGAUUUCACUCGCAUCUCGGAAGAAGUGCUUCAUAGAAACACAUUACAGUUUCAGUAAUGGAUUGGUGCCUAUGAAUAAAAUCAUCCUGCCAUUCGCGGCAGAUUUUUAUUUAUAUGACCAUGAAGCCAAAAUCUGGGCGAGGGAUCUUGCUAAAGUCCCCACGCUGUAUCAUAUCUGCGGCAUUCGUGUCCCAAGAGGGAUUUCUAGCACAAUUUUGAAACCACAGCAACAUCCGGCUGAGGAUUUUGACGGACCAUCAUCUUAUGAGAUCCAAGCCAAUAUCACCAAAUGCCCAUCCACCAUGUCUGUAGCAGGGUUUUCGGCAUAUCAGAAACUCCUUGCUGGCAAAUUUCGCCGCUGGCCAAAGAUUCUCGUGGAACUGGGCUCUUCCAACCUCGACUUCAGCAGUGAAGAUACGACUUUGACACUUACUCAGUUAGCUGUCCAAGCCGGCCCCCGCCCCCCAGAGGAUUCGACCGCUCUGCGUAGCGUGCAUUCAAUUAUGACAGACAUGGACUUCACUCGGAGAUUGAAGGAACAAAUUGAGAAUCGACUUGAAUCUAUCCGUACAAAUUGGAGAGAAUCAAGCGGCAUGGAGCUUCUCAUCAAUCUGAGUUUACGAGCUUUCUCUCUCCUGCCCGAUGGCGAGAUGCGCAGCGAGUUUGACCAUCUCCUCAAAUUAGCUAGGGCUAUUGCUCUAAAAUGGGUCAACGCAUCGCAGGAAGAAUCUAGGAAGGCCCAAGACAAAAAGGAUGCUCAUAGAAUCUCCAUUUAUAGCCUGAAGGCCGCAUUACUAUGUCGUCGGACUUUCGAGAUCUACAUGAGAUGUGAGACGGCACUUUUGUCGACUGACCUUUCUUCUUGGAUUCGAGCUUCAAUUGCGCUUCAGGAGAAUCAAGCGGUUGGCAUCAACAGCUUGCCAGACCUAGUCAAAAACAUGCUCAUUCAUGAUGCAAAGAUGACUUUUCGUCUUGGCUCUUUGAUUCAUUCUGCAGUCGAAGCUCAUUCAGGCAUCAUUGGGGAGGCUAUUCACGUUGAUUGGCAAAAUAUUACAAAUCGUACGGCCCAAUCCGAAUCAUCUUGGACGUUUCUUUCUUCUCCACAUCAAAGAUGGAUCCGAUUUGUUAUAGAUGAGGACUUUGGGCGCUUUCAAAGCAAACAAGUCUUCCAUUUACAUAUCUUAGAAGGCCAUUUCCUCGUUAAUGGAAAGAGACGAGGGAGUCUCCCACCAGCUAUGCUCAACGAUCCCACCACCCAGCUUUUAUUUGGAGACCACAGCUUAUACGUCUAUCCUUCGUCCAUGUUCGGUAUGGACUAUGAACUUGACCGCCUAAUUGAAGAUCAGAUCAUUCAUUUUGGCCGACGCGACUCUCGGGUCAUUAUUCGAGCACAGAAAGGAGAUGUGAUUUACGAAUUUAUCCCCAAAGAGAUAUUUAAGCUGAAUCUGAUGACAUUUGAUCUACCUAUGAGUCUGGUAGAUUCUUGCUAUCAUUGGCUCAAUUUAGAUGAGAGCAUUUUGGAAAUUCGGCGACAUCCUUCAAUUUGGUGGAGCCGGACUCGCGACUGGAAAUUGAACUUUUCUCAGCGAACAGCAGUUCGUGGUGAAAACGUGAGACUAGUUGAUCCACGAUCUGCCGUGUUUCAACAAGUGGCCAAUGCAUUUCAGCAUUUUGAAAUGCCACAAAAGCUAACAGUCUUCCAACCGUUGGCACGAAGAGGCACGCUGUCAGUUGAACUACGUCACUUAGAUCUUGAGUUCUACGUCAAUAACAGGGGCAUACUUCACUGCAGGCAGCUCAAAGCCUUCCUCGACCUCAAUCAAGACGCUGGAACAUGGUAUGGGCUUACCAGUAAGAUUGUGUUACGAGAUAUGCAAGAUGAGAAGAAGAGAAGCAUAAUUGUACCCAAUGGAAAAUUGACAUGGGCACGCCACCACAGCGGCGUGCAUGUAUCCUCUUUCACAAAGGACUCUGAUGGGUAUUUCCGAUUUGACAUUGACGAGACUCUUGGCCGCUUAUCUGCACCAGCGGAACCACUUUUGCUGUACAAAAAAGCUCUAUACCACGCUGUUACAUCCUUCUGUUUACCAGAUCCUCUAACAGGAGUAACCGGAACGGAGGAAGCAAUUCGCAUUCUGAAGUCUGGUACAGCCCAACCAUGGUCACCAGAUUGUUCUCCGAAUCUUCAAGAGUUUAUAUCCCUGCUCCCUCAACGAGAUUAUUAUCCUGCAGAGCUCAAACGUUUACAGAGGGUAAAAUGGAAUGAGUUGCUUACGGUGACAGUUCAAAGCGACCAAUUUGAAGGUCUGAUCCAAAAAAUAGAGGAGAAGGCAGCCAAGCUCAUUAAAUUCUCUCAAGGGAAGGGUAUUCAUCCGAUGCCUUCGAGGGAAGAAACCCAGCUGCGGCUCCGUGCAAAAGCUCGCCGCUCGCUAUAUGAGCGAACAGUUGAAGACACGGCAUUUCUACAGCAAUCUGAUAAGGUGUACGUUCCUCGUGACAGAUCAUUAGACGCCAAUAGCUGCCAGGUUUACAGAAUUGCCAAUAUGAUAAGCUCAAGCUCACCUCGGUUCGAGAUCAAGCGCAGUAUGCAAGAAAUUCUUGAGGGCUGGGACUAUAUUGAUGGCUUCAAUGAUGGUUCUCUGUUAAGCGUGGAACCUCUCUUGAAUCAAAUGGAAGACCCAAUCAAGCAGCGUUUAGGAUCACUCAUAAACUUAUGCUGUGACGAGAACAAUGUUUUCUCACCAGUCUUUCAGCUGAGUCUAAUCUUAUUUCGCCCCCAGGCUGAUAUGGACGUUGUCAACUUCUUGGCGGCCUUUUGUUCUAUCAAGGAACUCAGAGACUUAGAGCGUCCACAGGACUCUGGCUUUUCGGAAUUUAAAGAACGCGGACCUCCUUCAACUGAGAAUCUUCAACAGUUCAUUGCCGAAGCAUUUAUACCGUGCCCCUGGGUGUCUAACAACGAGAAAAAACAGCAGAGAAAGAUGGAAAGCCACGAAAAAGAGUGUGAAACCCAAGGGAAAUUAUUUGCUGAGGAGCUUCUCAAAUUUUGGCCUGAGCUUCCCAACAGUAUUGACUUCAGCGAGGCCCAUAAUCUACCCCUUAUUGAUGUUUCCUCUGCAUUAAGCACUGUCAAGCCAGAAUGGGUUCGCAGAAAGCAAAAUGAUCUGUUGGCAGCCUAUAUAGGUCAAGUUGAUGCGACUAUUUUGCAAUAUCAAGACCAGUACAAUAGCUCAAGCUACUCUUUGAGGGAACCUGGACAGUGGCAGCCGAGAAUUUCAAACUUUCUCAAUACCAAGUAUCAAGAACUUAUACCAUCUAUUUCGCAAGAUCUUGUGGUUAAGGAUGGUCCAGAACUUUUUCGACUCGGCGGUCAUUUCAAAUCUACUAAACGAAAAUCACACGACAGCGAGCUUCAACAAGCGCCACCUGAGAUUGUCGAGCUAGGUCAAAUACUAGACUCCUUCUCUAGGUCGCCAAGUGCCCUGCGUCGUGAUUAUAGCGGUGAUCUUCUUCGCAGUUUGGAAGCCCUGGAGCAUAACAUCCAUACAGCAGGUGCCGAUUCGCGACCUUUUAUCCCUGAAAUGAUGGAGAUAAUGGAUGCAAUUGAUGAUACCCAGGCAGCCGCAGCCUCAUAUUUGCAAUUGAUCAAGGACGCGCUUUGGUCAAGCGAUACACGAUUCAAGUGGCUCACUUUGGGGAACCUUCUGCCGUGCAAAACUCCUAUUGAGAUGCUCGAACUUUUGCAAACCCGCGCCAAUCAUCGAUUUGGCUAUGACAUGAAGGAAGCUCUUAUACAUUAUGGCUGCGCAAUCGCCGAGAUUCAGAGGUUAAACCGUCUGAGAUCCGCUAUUCUUUGUGGAGAUCAGCGAGCUAUGUAUGAAGAGCUUCACAAUGUCGGCCAUGAGAACUGGGAUCCUGUGCAAGAAGAUUCAGAUUGGCUGCUACUUGAGAUUGACAGCAACAUGUUGAUUCGCACGGAUCAAGUUGACGUUGCCCGAGCUAUCAUUAAUCCCGUUUCGGGCAAGAAUAGCGUGCUACAAAUGAACAUGGGGAAAGGCAAAACAUCAUGUAUCAUGCCCAUGGCCGCGGCUAUGUUGGCAAAUGGCAUGGACGUAUCCCGCCUUAUUGUCCCUAGGGCUCUUGUAAUGCAAACAGCUAAUAUGAUACACGCACGACUCGGUGGCCUCGUCGGACGAGGAAUAUAUCAUAUACCAUUCUCGCGACAAACAUCCACGGCAGAUCAUAUGCUUCAGCUAUACAAGGAGCUGCACCAUGAUAUGCAAAGAUCCAGAGGUUUAAUCUUAACGAGCCAUGAGCAUGUGCUAUCGUUUAGGCUAUCAGGGCUACAGCGCCUUGCGGAUAGUAAAUCCAAAGAAGCCAAAACAAUGAUCAACUUCCAGAAAUGGCUUGAUACCCACUGUCGAGAUAUACUGGAUGAAUCAGAUUUCACACUAUCUCCGAAAACUCAGUUGAACUAUCCUAGCGGAUCAGAAAAAGCAGUCGACGGGCAUCCAUUCCGAUGGCGGGUUGCUCAGGGCCUUUUGUCUAUGGUGUGCGAGUAUGUGCCGCGAUUACUGAAAGGUUUUCCAGGAAGUAUAGAAGUUCUGGCAACAUCUAGCUGGCUUCCUACUAUUCAAUUCCUCCGUACUGAUGUCGAAGAUGAGCUUCACCGGCUCAUAGUAGAAGAUGUCGCCGCCGGCAAAGCUCCGUUCCUCUACAGAGAAGUGUCAGUCAAUGAAGACACGCGAACAGCUAUCAAGCGAGUGCUUUCUGAGAAAAAUCUUGAUGAAAAGCUAUUCGAAAAAGCAGCUAAUUCUUUCUCACGCCCUGAGAGUGCGAAGAAAAUGCUACUCACUGUUCGGGGAUUCAUUACUUGCAAGAUACUGGUACUCUGCCUAGCGAAGCGAUGGAACGUGCAAUACGGCCUUCAUCCGCAUCGACCUCCCGUCGCAGUCCCCUAUAUGGCUAAAGGCGUACCUUCGGAGUUAUCCGAGUACGGUCAUCCGGAUGUCGCCAUCAUUUUGACAUGUCUAAGCUUUUACUCAGCUGGGCUAUCAUAUGAGCAGUUCCGACAAGCCAUAAAGCAUGUAUUGGACUCAGAAGACGCAGCGUUUGAAUAUGAGAAGUUGACUUCAGGAUCAGUUCUACCUCCUUCUCUGCAGCAUUGGAACUUUAUCAAUCUAGACGAUGAAUCGCAGAUGAGGCUACUAUGGGAGAAUUUAUGCCGAACCCAAGUCGUUACCGACUAUUAUAUGAACAAUUUCGUCUUCCCCCUUCACGCGCGGCAAUUCACCAUAAAAUUGCAAGCUUCUGCAUGGGAUAUUCCCCAGGCUACCGAACCAAAAACGACCCUCAAGGCACGAACGACAGGCUUCAGUGGCACCAAUGAUAAUAGUUACUUACUACCUAUGACCAUUCAGCAAGAAGAUCUUCCCGAUCUUCUUCAGACAAAUGCCGAGGUCUUAUCGUACCUGCUGCAGCCUCGAAACAGGGGAUACGCUGAUUUGGUGAAUCACAAUCGACGGCGCCUCAGUGAGCGAAACAUGCUGAUGAAGCUAUGGAAUCUUGGUAUCAGGGUUCUAAUAGAUGCUGGCGCAUAUAUCCUUGAGAUGGAAAACCAAGACUUAGCAAAGCUGUGGCUCGAUGUCGACAAAAAAGCACAAGCAGCUGUUUAUUUUCGUGCUGAUAACAGUGCCUGGGUUACCUUCAGAGAUCCGGCAAAGAGAGAUGCGCCGCUGCUUGCGACACGGCUAGCGAAUGAUUUGAGAGAUUGCGUUGUCUAUUUUGAUGAGGCUCAUACCAGAGGAGUUGACCUGAAAUUGCCUGAAGAUGCACGGGCAGCACUGACUCUGGCACUCAAGCAGACCAAAGACACAACAAUGCAAGGCAAGUAUCUUCUUUGCUAUCCCAUGUCUCUCUCGGCCAUGCGUCUUCGACAGCUGCGUACAACUCAAUGUGUGACCUUCUUCGCCCCUCCAGAAGUCGAUAUGAGCAUCAGGGAUAUUUGCGGUCAAAGAUUCCCUAUUAAACGCUACAUCGAGUCUCCUCACGUCAUUUUCUGGCUUUUAGAACAAACCUGUCGGGCAAAUGAAGACUUGCAUCCACUCUUUCGGGCGCAAGGUAUCGAUUACUGCAGACGCGCAAAUGCAGUCCUGCAGUAUCCUGACUUUCUUAACUCAGAGUUUUCAAAAACUAGCCUUGUCAAAGUAUUGCAACAGCAAGAGCAUCAAACUCUGGAGCAGCUAUACGGCGGCUCAUCUCACGACCCGUUGCAAAGUCUUGGGGAAAUGGGCUCUGCUCCCCUUCAAGGAUUCGUGGACAAGCUAUCUCAAAACGAUAGUACUGACGCUUGGCAGCAAGAUGCAUUUGGUGAGGUGGAGCAAGAGCGUGAGCUCGAAGUACAGCUUGAGACAGAACGCCAUACAGAAAAGCCCAUUCACUACGAGGCAUUCCCAUUCCCAGGCCUGAGCUCAACUAUCGUAAAUUUCUUGAAGACUGGGGAGCUAGAUACUGCCGCUGGAGAAGUUGAUCAUGCCUUUGACUACAUUGGUCAGGCGGAAGUUGGCAAAAAGCAUGAGAUUUGUAGCACUGGAUCGAAUUUCUUUGUCUCAAACGAAUUUUGUCGGACCAUUGUGCUCUACAAGAAAAAGAAGAAUGUGGGCGAUCGGUUCCUGCGUCCUGUGGAAUGGAUUCUCUGGAGCAUUUCCACUCAGACCGCCCUGGUUGUCAUUCCAGAAGAGGCUGAGCUGCUUAUUCCGAGGCUUCGACUCGCCGGUAACGAAGCAAAAGUGCAUCUCAUUGCCUACGCUGCGCCCAUCACACGAUCUAUGACACCUUUUAACCAGCUUCGAUACUAUACAUUGCCGCCAAUUCCCCUCGAUGCUGAAUUCCCUUCGUGGUUCAAAGUGGAGCUGGGCAUUUUGGCAGGCCGCCUCUACAUGGGCUACGAAGAAUGGAACCUCGCAAACGCCUUCAUGAGGGACUCUCAAGCGGAUACUCGAAUUAGCUCUACGUUUCUAUUGGAAUGGCUUGGUGUUCGCUGCCGAGCGAAUGAUGUGCUCCACACGCCAAUAGGAUACAUCUGUCUUGGAAAGACACCAGCUCAAGACCAUCCGUUUUUCGCG